GCGCCGUCUUCGCGGAUUUUCCCAAGCUGGUGCAGGAGCUCCGAAAGAAGCCCCGCUGGGCCAGCGGGGCAGCCAAAGCAAUGGGACGCUGGGACGAGGCCACGUGUAUCGCCGACCGGGACUCCCAUGCGCCGGCGGUGGGCAGCGCCGUAGGCGACGCUUGCCGGCACCUGGAGUCCAUCCAGUGCCAUGAGGUGCCCGAAGAAUGUCGGUCGAACCUUUGGGACGUCGCAGACUGGGUCUUCGGGGUCUACUACGUCGAGAGGGGCGGCAAGUCGCCGCUGGAGCAUUGCUACUUCAACG